GUGGGCGGGGCGGGCGGGCGAGCGAGAGCCGGGGAUGAUGGGCGUCGCGGGUCCCGUGAGGCGCUGAACCGGGGGGCUGAGGGACGGGCGACCGCGAGCGGAGCCAUGGCGGCGCUGCUGCUGCUGGUGCUGGGCCUGGAUCCGGGCCCCGGGGCGGGCGGGCGUCGUCCGGGCGGCCUGGAGGAAGAGCUGGUGGCCGAGAAGGCGGCCGAGGCCAGUCACCGGCAGGACAGCGCCAAUUUGCUGGUCUUCAUCCUCCUGCUGACCCUCACCAUCCUCACCAUCUGGCUCUUCAAGCACCGCCGCGCCCGCUUCCUGCACGAGACCGGGCUGGCCAUGAUCUAUGGAGUUCUGGUGGGAGUCAUCCUUCGCUAUGGCAUCCACAUCCCCAGUGAUAUCAACAACGUGACCCUAAGCUGCCCAAUGCAAACGAGCCCAGCUACUCUGCUGGUCAACCUGAGUGGGAAGUUUUAUGAGUAUACCCUGAAGGGGGAAAUCGGCUCCCACGAACUCAAUAAUGUUCAGGAUAAUGAGAUGCUGCGGAAGGUAACUUUUGAUCCUGAAGUGUUCUUCAAUAUCUUGCUCCCUCCAAUUAUAUUUUAUGCUGGAUAUAGCUUAAAACGGCGUCACUUCUUCCGAAACCUUGGAUCCAUUUUAGCAUAUGCAUUUCUUGGAACAGCAAUUUCCUGUUUUAUGAUAGGAUCCAUCAUGUAUGGCUGUGUCGCGCUGAUGAAAGUGAUGGGGCAGCUUGGAGGAGACUUCUAUUUCACCGACUGCCUGUUUUUUGGUGCCAUCGCCUCCGCUACGGAUCCUGUGACGGUCCUCGCCAUAUUCCAUGAACUUCAAGUGGAUGUCGAGCUCUACGCCCUUCUCUUUGGAGAGAGUGUCCUCAACGAUGCAGUGGCCAUUGUGCUGUCUUCUUCGAUCGUUGCUUACCAGCCCGCAGGAGACAACAGCCACACGUUUGAUGUGACCGCCAUGUUCAAAUCCAUCGGGAUUUUCCUUGGGAUUUUCAGCGGAUCGUUUGCCAUGGGGGCUGCCACCGGUGUCGUCACUGCUCUGGUCACCAAGUUUACCAAACUUCACGAGUUCCACCUGCUGGAAACCGGUUUGUUUUUCCUGAUGUCCUGGAGUACGUUCCUGUUGGCCGAGGCGUGUGGUUUCACCGGUGUGGUGGCCGUUUUAUUCUGUGGCAUCACUCAAGCUCACUAUACCUACAACAACUUGUCCACAGAAUCACAGCACAGGACAAAACAGUUGUUUGAGCUUCUCAACUUCUUGGCGGAGAAUUUCAUCUUCUCCUACAUGGGGCUCACGCUCUUCACCUUCCAGAGCCACGUCUUUAAUCCAACCUUCGUGGUUGGGGCUUUUCUGGCGGUAUUCCUGGGAAGAGCAGCAAACAUUUAUCCCCUCUCUUUCCUUCUUAACCUGGGGAGGCGAAACAAGAUUGGAACAAACUUUCAACACAUGAUGAUGUUUGCUGGCCUGCGGGGAGCCAUGGCGUUUGCCUUGGCCAUCCGGGACACAGCCACCUAUGCGCGGCAAGUGAUGUUCAGUACGACUCUGCUGAUCGUCUUUUUCACCGUCUGGGUCUUCGGUGGUGGCACCACCACGAUGCUCUCGUGCCUGCACAUUCGGGUUGGUGUCGAUGCUGACCAAGACAAUGUGGGCGGGCCAGAAAUCGAGGGGCGAAGCACCAGAGCCGAGAGCGCCUGGCUGUUCCGAGUCUGGUACAACUUCGACCAUAACUAUUUAAAACCUCUCUUGACGCACAGCGGUCCCCCCCUCACCACCACGCUCCCCAGCUGCUGCGGACCGCUUGCAAGGUGUUUGACGAGUCCGCAGGCUUACGAGAAUCAAGAGCAGCUGAAGGACGACGACUCCGAUCUGAUUCUGAAUGACGGAGACAUCAGUCUGACUUACGGGGAUUCCAGCGGGAACUCCGAUUCGUUGCCAUCAGGUGCCUCCAGGCGGGUGGCUGGAAACGGUUCCGAGGACACCCUGGACCAGGAGCUGAGCUUCGGAGACCACGAACUGGUCAUCCGGGGCACACGCCUCGUUCUCCCCAUGGACGACUCCGAGCCUCCUUCCGGCGUGGUGGACAAUGCUCGCCACGGCCCAGCCUAAGAUCGGUUUCUUGAGACGACGGAGAGUCCGAGAAAGAGGAACCACAGGAACAAACAACGACUAAAAUAUCCACGGAUGAUGGUGACGAAAACCUGGCUAUCGAUGACCCCAAAACCUACCGCACGUCUCAGAACGUGUGAGCUGUAUAAAUAUGAUUUAUUGAUAAGGUGUCAGGAGGAGCACCCGCUAUCUGUGCAAGGCAGUUCUAGGGGAGCGAGCAGUUGAUUUUGUACGCUUAGAAAACGACUCUGGGAAAUCGAUGGGACUUGCACCAAAUAGCGGCCGAACUGUUUCAGAUACAGUUGGGAACGGAGAGCAGCUUUGCAACAACCCUUCCGGUUCUAUACAAUGAUGUGUUGUUGUCGUUUUUGGGUUGGGUUUUGACCAUCCAAUGCCCGUUUUGCUGAUGUCAGGAAAGGAAGGAAGGAGGGGCGAAGAUUGAGCAGUGGGGAACUUUAGACGAGGUGGCCAAGCCGCAGUUAGGCAGAAGAUCUAAGAAAAACUGAAGGGGGUUUGCUUGAAGUCUUUAUUUUGAAGAGCAUCUUUUGGAUGUUGGGACGGAGUUGGAGAGAGUUGUCCAGAGAGUUGCUUCUGUUUUGGCCACAUUGAAGGGAGAAUCCAGCCAGAUGUUGGAUGCUGUGGACAUAACAAGCUUCUAACUUGGCAAGUUGCGUGUGUGUUUGUGUUGACAGGAACAACCUCCUUGGUUGUCCCGAUGGGCCAGAAGGUUAUCCUCUGGACACUGAAGGUGGAUCAUUUUAUCAUUGUUUGGCUUUUAAUUUUUCUCUCGCCUUAUCCCAUCGCAUUCGGUGAGGUACCGAAUGACGGAGUACCGAAACAGCUACCGUUUAUGUUAUUUUCAUGCAGGGAAUUAGCACACUGCUUCCACAGCAGGUUGGAAGCGCCCAGAAACGUCCGCUUUCGUUUUGAGCUUUCUCUUCUAGUGGCUGGGCCCUGGGGGUGGGGUGGGGGGCUGCAGUUUUUUUUUAAAAAAUGGGUGCACAUCUGCAAACACACAAAAAGAAACAGCUGGAACAGUAGCUCUUGGGACUGUUCAAAAAAACGCAGGUAGAGAUUUUACAGGGUUUUUCGGGUUUUUUUUUUAAAGAUACUUGGAACAUCCGUCCAUUUGUAUAGUUGCACUGUUUCGUAUUGGUUGCACGAUAUUGUGUGUGUGUGUGUGUGUGUGUGUGUGUGCGUGCGUGUGUCUAUAACGGGGGGGGGAGAAAGAUUUUUGUCUCAUCGUUUACAAUUCAGUGAGAAAAAUGCCGAUAAGGCCUAUUUCUUGGCGUUUUUUGUUUUUCUUUGCCUACGAAAGAGCUCAGAACAACCUGCCGAUUUUUACUUUCAGUUUAUUCAUAUAUAUUUUUUUCCUUCUAACUUUCUGUUUCAGUCGUUUUGAAGAUUUUCAUUGCAUCUUUUCCAGGCACACUGGCAGAUCUGGUAACUGUUGCCGACUGAACCUCAUUGCUUUCUUCUUAAGCAGAAAACACACAGACCCAACUCUUACGUUAGAAUUUCGAAAUAAGAUUUUUAAUGCCCUGUUUCAUUCUACUAACUACUACUAGCUACUAACGGUCCCUGCUUUCUAAUCCCGUUUUAAAAAUGGGUUUUGUUUUGAUCCCUCUUAGAUUAGCACAUGACCUGCGAGCAGCAGUAUAGUUUCCCUUUGGCUCCUCAUUCAGUCAAUCACCAGAGAAAUUUCUCAUCCUAAAAUAAACGUUGCACAGCUAGGCAUGCUUUCCUCUAACCCAAGGAGGAAAAACACGCUCCAAAAAUUGUGGAAUGUUGUGACCAUUUUGUGCCCUGGAAGCAGGCUGGGUGGCUGUAGACAUCCUGCAUUUCAGCAUAUUAAGUAUAACUUUGCAUGUGUGGGCUUUUAUUUUAUAAGUAUAUAUAGAUAUAUAUUUCAUUUUCUUUAACGAGAACAUUUGGGCUGAGAUUUAUGGAACAAAAAAACCAUGCUUCAUCCUUUUAAAAACCUUAAAAGAUCGAUUGUGACCCCAAAUCCUUCUUCCGGUCCAGCAAGAAAUCAACUCCUUCCGCCAUGAAAACAGGUUGUUUUUCAUUGUCCAAAACUGCCAGGUCUGAAUUAACUUUCUUCAGGUCUCCUUCAGAACAAUUUUGGGGACCUUGCCUGUUCCUUUCCUCUUAGUUCCAUUCGGCUUUCAUCAGGUCCCACCCACCUUUUUCAAGAGUCGCCCCAAUUCUGUAGUGACCCCCCCUUUCUUGAGAAGUAUAAAGCUUCACUGCACUGGAAAAUAAGUUUUUUUUUCCCCUUCUCUCUUUUAGGUCUUUUAUUAUUUUAUUUUUUUUCCUGCUAUGCAGGAACGUCAUCCAUAUAUGUGAAUGCAUGUUGUGCUCCUAUAUAAUGUCUGUAUCUUAAUGUCCGAUGUUAAAUUAAUAGUAAUAAUAAUAGUACUAUUGCUAAUAGUAAUAAUAAUAUGAGAAAUGUUCAUGUGAUAACUCUUCGGUUUCAAAUGUUUCUAAGCAACAGCUAAUGACUUGUGUAGCCUGAUUAGUCACGCAGUUUGCAGACUUCUGUAUCAGAAAAUGUAGAAUUUUGUCAAGGAGACAUAUUUGUCUGAAACAGUAGAUUCCCUUUUUUGCUCCGUCUUCCCCAAUUUGGAAGAUUUGCACACUCCUCUACCACUUAAAUUUAUUUUUUUGUAAAUCAUGACUUAAGACACCUUGCGUCCUCCAGAUGUUGUGGAACUACAGUUCCCAGCAGCCUCAAAUGCCUCGGCCAAGAGGGUGGGCAUGCUGGGAAUUAAGAGUCUGCCAACAUCUGCAAGGUUGAAGGUCGUGCCCUUCCUGUUAACGUGUACUUCAACACCUGGAAGGCCCCAUUUUGUCCUGCUUGAUUGAGGCCUUUGCCCAGACCGAAAGUAAAACACGAUCCUUUGCAAUUUUAGGUUGUGUGUCUAAAUUUGAUGUCUAUCGGCAUGUAAUAAAUUAAAAGUGGGGCUGACAAGUUUAGGGAGAUCCUAGAUCCCAAGGGAAUCCACAUUCUUUCGGUUCUGCUUUGCUGCCUUUAAACUGGACAAAAGAGGGAACUGUCUCCAUGCCUAACUCCUUGGUUGUGCCUCCUUUAUCCUCAAGUGCAGUUGUGCAGUGCCAGACUAUUCCCAUAAGCACAUUUUCUUAUUUAUUUAAAGCAGAAACUUGUUAAACCUGCGUUGAAGAGGGAGGACUUGUGAUGUACCCGUAGGUUGCAGUGCCUUUCGGUUAGAAACCUGGCAGAGACCUCUUGGUUUCAAAAGACAAGGCGAUAGUUCCUGGUGGUCCGUUGCAACAUCUUCUUGAGAAGGUGUCCUCCUAACGGGAACUCCUUGAAUGCAUUUCUUUCCUGAAACUUACAUUUAAGAAUGUAGGGUUGUUACAAGUUCCUUUGGGGAAAAGCAACCCCGAUCUUCAGACAAACCCACCAAUCCUCUUGAGGCUGAAAUCCUGCAUCUUUGAGAAUUUCUUUUUCUAAACGUAAUAAUAAUACACUUCCUAGUUUUUUGUGCAGAUUUGCUGUUAAGACAUAAUAAUAAUAACUGCCACACCAUUCCAGACUGUGAUAGUUUUCAACUGCUGAUUGAGUUAAUACUCUCCUGUUGGGAGGUAGAUCCCAGGUUUUAUGGCCAGUGAGUGAUCGGGAUCCCUUCAACGCUGGAACCUUCAGAUCCCCACUGUGGUUCCUCCAAGAUUAACCACGAUCUGCCACAAAUUGAACAUUUGCGUUGAUAAGCGUUGUGUUUCUUUCUUUCUUUGAUGCUGCCAGAAAAUUAAUUCCCUUCUGCUUAAUUUUUCCGGGGCGCCCUGUUCUUAACACGACCUCAAAAACGGCAGUGGGGAUUUAUAAGUUUGUGACUCCAGCUGUGGGUUUAAAAUCCAUUGCCCUCAAAAUACGCUUUUCCCCCCCUGUAAAGAUUCAAUUUCUGCAUCGGUGACAUUGUAUGUUCAAGUUCUCGUGUUCUCUACUUAACUGUUGAAUUGUCUCUUUUUAUGAUAUUAACUGCUGUAGUUGUGGCAUUCUUGUAACGAUAACCCUCCAGCAUAAUAAUUGCACCUUUCUUUUCGGUUGAUGAUAACUCAAAUCUUUUAUUGUUACUCGCACUGUGAAAGAAAUCAUGGGCCUAUAAAAUAAGUUUCUUCGAA